GGCUUCUCCAUGCGCCCGGGACGGUGAGGUUGUAUCACAACUUGGGAGAGGCGCUUGUCCAUUGCGCUAAUUGGAGCGCGCAACUGGACGCGUUCAUCUCACAGUAAUCAAAAUAAAUACUUGUCAGUUUUUUCAGGACGUACGGGACCCCAUCCCGGGACAACUCACACGCGACUUCCUUUGAUGAAAGUGGAGGCAGCAGGUGCGCCCUCACGCGCACACCAUGGCCCGAGUGAGCUCCGUGGACGCACUCUCCCGAAGGAACAGCAAACUUGACUCUUUCCUGAAGAGGAACACGGAGCGGGGCGUCUACGAGCGGAUCCGGGCCUACGAGCCGUGCGUGGUGAUCUCCGAGGCGGUUAACAAGGUCUACAUGCACGUGAUCCUGAGCGACGAGUGCGUGUACCUGGCGGAGUACCCCCCUCGCAAGCUCACUGCGGUCCUCAGUUUCAGCCAGAUUAGGAACAUUGCCCUGGUCAACGAUCUGCCCGACUUUCUGAGCGGAAAGGACAGGGAGUACUCCCAACACGUCUGUGUCCUCUAUUCCACCAAUAAGCCUGCGGGGAAGAGAGGUGAUUGGGGAAGGAAAGGAAAGAACGCGGGGCUUCCUGUCCGAAGUUUCCCCUCUCGCAGAAACCUGCAGCUCCUGGUGUCCCAUGGCCUAGAGGGGGUACAUAGUUGGAGGAUCUCACCUGAUUCCCUUCAAAGAGACCUAGGAGCAACGUGUGCAGAUGUGGAGGAGGAGCAGGUGGAGGUGUGGGCGCCCAGGUCGUCUGGCCGCUCCGCCUCCUGCCCCAACCCGGACACCAUGGGUCUGGGUGGGCACCCGUUGCCACGCCGAUGCACCACCACUUCCACCACCACUACUCCCUCAACGCCAGGGACGACACCCCGGUUCCCCCUCUCACUCCCCACCUCCCCCCUGACUCUCCCGGAGGCUGGGGCAGCCACCGAGCCUAGACAGGUGUGCAGACGGAGACACUUCGUCCUGGACCGCCUCUUGAGGAGGGACAGGAAGAGGGUGGACAAGGGCGAGCGAGACGCCGGAGAGAGAGAGGCGGAGCUCCACCUGUACUCUGUGUCGCGCACCUCCCGCAUUUACCUCCACCUGCAGAACUCGUGGAACAGUUACAUCAUCAGGUCCACCCUGAUGUUAGACCCGCUCUACAGGACGAGGUGCGGCACCCCGCUCCACCCCUGUCCUCGUAAACGCUCUUCCCCCCUCAGCUGGGAGCGGAGGGCCCACCUCUUCAGCCAGCUGACCGGUGAGAUGCUGCAGGGGGGCCUGCGGGUGGAGAGGCUCUACCUGCUGCUGCAGGAGCUGCGGACGGCCGCCCAGCGCAACGUGGCACUGCGCAAGCUCUUCUGGAGGUCCAGUGACGUGUGUGUGUUCCUGGUUCGGACCCUGGAGGACUCUCUCCAAAGCUGUCAGUCACCUGAAUCCCCGCCCGCUGGGGGUCACACUACCGACCAGUUGCUAUUGUGUACUCUCAUUGCCCAGACUCUUGCGGUCAUGUUUAGAGAGACUGAGGUGGAACCCGCAAGAAACAGCAUGCUGACAGCCAAAAGAGGUGCCUUGACCGGCCGGAUGCUGCUGGCGACGGUGUGUGACCCCCAACUACACACACGGUCCCAGGAGCCUACCCAUCAGUCGGAGCUCCAGACAUUACUAGCCGAGUACCUGGGCUCGGCCUGUUCUCUGCUGUUUGAGCUGGUGCUUCUGGGACAGGAGGCCAGCCGGGGUUCAUCGCUGGAAAACUUCUUGACGGUGGGCUGGCUGUUCGGAGUACUGCAGACUCACCCUCACCUGUUGCCCUUCAUGGGCUACCAAGCCCAGCAGGUGAUCUCUGUGCUGUCGGACCCCAGGCCACCGGUCCUGAGCCCGGCCCAGAGCGUGCUCCUCUUCCAGGGCUGCAGGGUUCUGCUGGCCAGCCUGCAGCACAGCCAACGCCUGAGACACUACCUGCACUCCCACUACCACGAGGAGUUCCGGUACUGCGUGAAGCUGUCGAGCGCCGCAGAGAGACUGCCUCCCCACUACCCCAUCAGCCAGCCUGCCCUGGGCCUCAUCCACCAGCUCCUCACCCUCAUUCUGCCCAGACUGCUUCCUGUUAGCACGCUAGCAUACUAGCUGCAGGCACAGUGCAGUGAACGCUGGCAAAUGACUGGAAGGAAAAGUCCACCGUUUUGUAUUAUCGCAAUGGUUAAUUUAGAUAAAGCAAAAUAGACGGUUUACUUGUGUAUAUCUAAGCACAAAUAAUGUGGGGAGAUUAUACUGUCUCGGUAUCAGUUAGUCUACUACAUUAAUUACAUUUGGUAAACAGAACAGAACAGCAACAUAAAACUUUAAGUGGGAAAUUAAUCAUGUUGGUUGUACCACCUUAAGGUUUUCAUCUUCAAACAAAUAUUAGUAAUGGUAGUUACUAAGUUAAUGGUAAGUCUACAAUUAUAUUUGAUGAUAAUAUUAAAAGUGAAACAAUUGACUAUCAUAUUUUAACAGUAGUGUGUAGACAUUAAUUAGGCAUUUAAUUUAUGACGUACACACUCGAUUCAUCAAAUUCAUUUUCUGCAUGACGCAAUAUCUAUUUUAUACGAUACUGGUGCCGUUAUUCUAUUCUAUAAGCACAUUGGCCUCACAGAACUCAGGAGUGUGCCUUAUCUGUGGAUAUGAAGGAACUAUCAGGUGACAAAUUAACAACACUGUGUCACCCAAUUUAACAUGACCGAGACUUCACGUUCCUUACAUUGUGGAGUGAGAAACAUGGGUCCUUAUCUUACUGUAAGCCUUGCUUGAUCAGUAUCCAGGUUCGCUGUGGUAAGUAGGACCAAACUGGUUUGAGAUUACCAGGGUGUAGAAGUCAAUAAUAACUUUCACUUAACAAGGUGUUUGAGGUACUAUUGCCAAUAUUGGCUUUGCUGUCCUUUUGCUUGCACAUUUCCAAUGCACUUUCUGGGAGUCAUAGAGGCAAUAACUAGUUGUUGACAUGUUCACUGCCUUGUAUCAGCAUAACAGAUUACAUCUGUUUACUAUUAUUAUAAUGACUAUUAUUAUGAUCAGUUCACAUAUGAAUCUGUCAUUAAAGAUCAUUCAUGAA